CCACCCAACACGCCCCGACCGCGAAACCUGGCUUGAGCCUUAUACGAGAUCCGUCUUAUAUAUAAACCCGAAACGCUCCCUCAACCCCAGCACCCAUCCACCUCUGAUGUCAGUGCCGUCACCCGGACUCCUGCGUCGCGCCUCGUCGGUGUCGGGCGGGCAGCUUCCUUCGCUGUCGGUUGCCGACGUUAUCCUUCAGGCUAGCAGUCCGUCGUCUGACAAGAGGGUCGAGCCUCGCGAUUGGAAGACUGUACCUGUAUCAGACGUUGUUGCUGGCCAGAACUUGGUCACGAUUGAUGGGGAUACGUCUCUCGAGGAUGCUUGCCAGAUGUUGAUUGACCGCGACAUGACCUCCAUCCCUGUUCGACUCAAGGACGGCGAGAGGGGCAUUUCUCAUACUUUCGACUUUACCGACCUUAAUGCCUUCCUUCUCCUCGUUCUUGGCGUCGGGCACCCCGUUGAAGAUGCGGGAUCGUUCCAGGACUUGGUGAUGCGCGCGCGAACUGGCGGCAAGGUGCCCGUUGCGCGUAUCUCCGAUAUGGCACCGAAGGAUCCUUUCGUAACUGUGCCCUCCAAUGAAGGGUUGGGAAAGAUUGUGGAGAUUAUGGGGACUGGAGUGCACCGAUUGGCCGUCACGGACGAAGCCGGUGAACUCGUCGGAAUUGUCAGUCAGUGGAGCCUGGUCAAGUACUUGUGGGACAACAUAAGAACCUUUCCCGCGCUCGAGUCUUUGUACCAACAGACGGUCGAGAAACUAGCAAUCGCCAGUAAAGAAACAGUCUCAAUCCACGGCGACAAACGCGUCCUCGAAGCCUUCGAAACAAUGAACAAACUCAACAUCUCCUCCCUCGCCGUUGUCGAUUCGCAAAACAACCUCAUCGGCAACAUCUCCAUCACGGACGUGAAAUACGUCACCCGCGCAUCCUCCGCUCCCCUCCUCCGAACCACCUGCUCCCACUUCCUCGGUAUCAUUCGGUACGAGCAGGGUGUCGAGAACGGACGCGACAGUUUUCCGGUGUUUUCGGUGAAUCCUGGGAGUAGCCUUGGACAUACCGUGGCUAAAUUGAUUGCCACGAAGAGUCAUCGUAUGUGGGUCACUGUCUCCUCAUCAGCGAGCUCGACCCCGCCAUUGACGAGUGGUCUCCAAACCCACGUACCCGCAAUACAACCCCACUCCAUCGGUGGCCCCGCCCCACCCUCCCCUCAUACCGACCGCCUCGCCUCUACAGCCUCUAACGCCGGGGCAAUCCCUACCUCCGGGGCCGGAGUCGGUUCUGGAAUUCUCCGCGGCGUGGUGUCUCUUACCGACAUCAUCUACUGCUUUGCGAGAGAGGGAGGAAUGAAUGUCGACCCCGGAGAGGCUCGACGGAGGAGACGGAGUUCGAGUGCGUACUCGAGUGCGAGUGGAAACGGGGAUGCGGCGAGGGAUAGGUUCUGGGCGGGGGUUGGGAGUCCGGGGCCGAGGGAGAGGAGGACGAGUGGGUUGGGUGGGAGUGCGGUUGAGUGAGAGUGAGUGAGUUAGACGAUGGAUGGACGAUGGAACAUUUGCUGCAGAGCACUGAUAUCAUUAAGCGGAGACCAACCAGUGAAGUCUCCAUAGGCUAGCCGACCCCCUGAGAUAUGAAUAGGUCGAUGUACG